UCAACCGAGUGCAACUAUCUCAAGAUCCCAAGUUUUAAAACAAUCUCGAAAAAUCCCACAACAAUGUCGUUCAUCACACGGGAAUACAAGUUUGAGAGCAGCAAGGUGAUGCAGCAGAAAUCAGAUCAGCACACGACGGCCAUGCGGAGUCUGAGGAAACUGGUCAAACCCCUUCUGCGGCUGGUGAAGAAGAAGCAGUUGCUCCGGAAGACUCUGGCCGAGAUCCAGAACCAAAAUGCAGUCAACGCCUCGCUGGAGGACAUGCGCAAAGAUCCGGCGGCCAGUUGCGAUAACAUGGCCAACGAGGAGCUGGAGCAGCGCCUCUACAGCGAUCUUCGCCAGUGCCCCACCAACGUGGCCAUGAUCGUGCAGCAGGGUCAGCAGCAGAACAUCGUGCCCGUCCAUCCGGAGCAGACCUUCAUCCCGGUGCACUUCGCCCGCACCAGCAGCGGUACCUUCUUCUGGACCUCCGCGGAGGGAGCUCGCCAGCACCAGGAGCAGCAGUUGCGCCAGCAGUUCGAUCGGUGGGUUCAGGCCUAGAAAUCCAAUCCAAUCCAGAAAUCCAGGAUCCAGCAGGAAAAUCUCCAAUUGGCAGCUUUAAGUGCAAGUGUCUCCGUCCAUUGGUCUUCGGAUGGAUGCGGGUUCAGCUUCGCAUGUUCGUAAUCUCAGGGUGAUAUUAGGCAUAGAUUGGAUUCUUUGGGCUCGCCUCCCAAAGGAAACACAACUCUAAUUGAUAUUCAAUUCUCACAAUCAAGCGUUACUAUCGUAAACACAUUGUGAUCCUCGUGUCUUAUUAGCCUCUUAAGUUAGUCUUAGCCGAAUCAUUGUCUUCCAUGUUUGUUUGUUAGGGUCUUCUUAUAAGUACUAGCCUAAGAAUCAUUGUCUUCCAUGUAAAAUUUUAGCUAUAAGAAACUACAAAUAUCUUACAAAAAAUAAAC